UGUGUCAUUCAGUCACCCACAAGAAUACAAGUCAAGUGCGUUAAAAAAAUGGCGUCGCAUCAUUAUCAACAUAAUCAUUAUCAUAAUCAUCAUCAAAAUCAUCAACAAUAGUGCUAGUAAAACAAUAACUAAUUAAAUAAUUUUUAAUAUUAUUUAUAAAAUCCGUAUUAUUAAAAAGAAAUGAUUAUUAUUUAUUAUUAUUAGCUCCAAAAUUAUUCAUGUGCAUUGACAAUAAACAUAUUAUUUUGUUGUUUUUUAAUUUUUUUUUUUAAUAAUAGUAGUGAUUAUAUUAUAUAAAUGACAUGGGAUUUUGUAGUAAAAGACAUUUUUUACUAACAAUAUGCACACUUCAACUUAUUACUACCAUAGAGCGUCAGGUGUUUGAUUUCUUGGGGUUCAUGUGGCUGCCAAUAUUGUUUAAUUUUUUCAACAUAAUUUUCAUUAUACUUGGAUUUUUUGGAGCCUUUCAAUACCGACCAAAAUAUUUAAUAACAUAUUGUCUGUGGGACGUAUUGUGGCUGGGAUGGAAUAUUUUUUUAAUAUGUUUUUAUCUAGAAGUUGGUGGAUUAAACAAGAUGAGCGAUAUUUUAAAUUUUGGAACUGGAAGUUUUUCAUGGUGGCAAGAAAAUGGUCCAGGUUGCAAUGCUGCUUAUGAUGUUACUGAACCAGGUUUUUUAGUAAGGCCUACUAAUGUUACAAACUGCGUAUUGAAUUACGAAGUUAUUGAAAUUAUUCAUGCAUCAACACAAUGUAUAUUAGUUUUAAUGGCUAUUAUUGGAGGUAUUUUUUUAACUCGAGCAUUCAUGGAAGAGGAUGAUAGCUCGCAGAUUAAAAAAAGAAAAAAACAACAGCGUCCACUUUACAGUAUUGAAUAUUCAAUAAGACCAGAGCCACAAAUACAAGAUGAUAGUGUAUCACCAAAACCAAUGACACCACGUCGUGUCAAACGUAGAUCAGUUAUAUCACGUGAUGGUACACGUAGAUCAAGUAGACGUAGUUCUGUUCGUCAAUCAUCACGUAGAAAAAAUCCAGUUAAUCGAAUAAUGGAACAUCAAGAAAAUUUAUAUGCAAAUACAAUGCCAACAUUAUUGAUUAAUCAAAAUGUCAAUUCAUUGUCACAGGGAGUAUUAAAUUAUGACAGAAUUGCUGUCACUUGGGAUCGUGAUAGAAAUACAAAUAAUAAUGACAACAAUAAUCAUAAUAAUAAUAGUAAUAAUAAUAUUAAUAGUAAUAAUAAUAAUAAUUGGCCACCACCACCAGAACCAUUACAUUUGGCAUCAUCAGUACCAACAAUAUGGACACCAGAACCGGGUUAUUCAAAUAUACAAAAUUAUCAAUCACAACCAACAACACCACCAUGGGAAUUAAAUGCUAAUAAUUCAACAAGAAAUUUAACAGAUAAUUGGCAAAAUAAUAAUGAUAAUUUAAAUCCAAUGCAAUGGCAAGGACAAGCUAAUCCAACAUUUCAACAAACAAGUACACAGACAUUAAAUGGUGAAGAUAUGGAAGAUUUAUAUGGCAAUAGACCAGCAAGUGCUAGAUCAAGUUAUAGCAAUUAUCAUGGUAUACGUAUUCCACCACAAAUACCAAAUAGAACUGCUGAUAUUAUUAGACAAAGUCAAAGACAAUUUGUACUUAGUGGUGGACCACCUGCUUAUCAAGAUACUGUUAUUUAAAUUAUUUUUUUUUUUUUAUUAAUAUUAACAUUUAAAAAUAAAUAAUCAAAAGAGAUAUUAUUCAAAAUUAAUUUUUUUUUUUUCUUUUUUUUCAUUAAUUGGAUUUGAUUCAAAUUUUAAAAGAGAUAUUUUUGACUGAAUUUUUUUUGAGCUUUAUUUAAUGUUAUUAUUAAUUAAUUAAUUGUAGAUUAAAUUGAUAUUAUAAAUAUUAAAUCAAAAUAAUAAUAAUCAUUAAUUUAGGUAAUUAUUUUUUGUAAGUUUUUUUUUUAAUUUAAGUGGGUGAAUGAAAAUUUAUUUAAUUAAAUUAAAUAAAGAGAAUGUUUGACAAUUUAAAAAUGUAAACCAAAGUACUUGUUGUCAUCUUUUUUUGAUACAAGUCAAUACAAAUUGUAGAGGUAAUAAUUAUUUAAAAAAACAAAUUAAUAAUAAUGCUAAUUUUUUUUUUUACUGAGAUUUUGUAAAAAUGAUAUUUAUCUUAUUUAUAAAUAAUAAUUUUGUGGUAAUAUAUUUGUAAGACAAUAAAUACUUAAUUUAAAUAUUUCACUGAAAUUUUUUAUUAUUUAUCUUGUGUUUAAUUUAAAUAAAGAUAAAAUAUGUAGCUCAAACUGAUAAGAUUGAAUUGUGCAAAUAUUUUUGAGACAAUUAGAUGACUCGAUGGAAAUUAAUAAUUUUUACAUCAAAAAUUAAAUAAAGAUAAAUUUUUAAAUAUUAUUUAUCCUUGAAUGUUUUUUAUUUUAAAAACUAUAAUUUUAUAUAAUUAAAAAUAAUUAUCAUUUUUUAGAUUUACCUAUAGUACACAUGAAUCUAUAAAUACAUAUACUCAGCGAAAAAAAAUAAAAAU